GCCUACACAUAUCCCAAUUCGUCAAUUCCAAAACAUCUGCCCCCCCCCCGUUAACACCCAAACGAUUCCUUCAAUCUACGGCGAUGGCGUCUGGUUUGGUCCGACGAGCGAUAUCUAGGGUUCCGUCGUCACCGGCGGCAUCGGCGAAGCUUGUUCUGGCAAGAGCUCACGCUUCCGAGGCGCAUGCCCAGACGGUGGACCCCAAGGCGACGGCCACCUCCGACCUGAAGAAGUUCCAAAUUUACCGGUGGAAUCCCGACAACCCGAAGAAGCCGGAGCUUCAGGAGUACCAGAUUGAUCUGAAGGAUUGCGGGCCCAUGGUGCUGGACGCCCUGAUCAAGAUAAAAAACGAGAUCGAUCCGUCCCUGACUUUCCGGAGGUCGUGCCGGGAGGGAAUCUGCGGGUCCUGCGCGAUGAACAUCGACGGCCAGAACGGGCUGGCCUGCCUGACGAAGAUCUCCGCCGGGCCGGAUUCGAUGAUCACGCCGCUUCCGCACAUGUUCGUGAUCAAGGAUCUGGUGGUGGACAUGACGAAUUUCUACAACCAGUACAAGUCGAUCGAGCCGUGGCUGAAGAGGAAGAACCCGCCUCCUACCCCAGGGAAGGAGAUUCCCCAGACCAAGGCCGAUAGAUCUAAGCUCGAUGGGAUGUAUGAGUGCAUCCUGUGCGCCUGCUGCAGCACAUCCUGCCCCAGUUACUGGUGGAAUCCUGAGUCUUAUCUCGGCCCCGCCGCCCUCCUCCAUGCCAACCGAUGGAUAAUGGACAGCAGAGAUGAGUACACAAAGGAGCGCUUGGAGGCGGUUGACGAUGAGUACAAGCUGUACCGUUGCCACACGAUAUUGAACUGUGCCAAAGCUUGCCCGAAAGGGUUGAAUCCCGGCAAGCAAAUCCAGAACAUCAAGGCUUUAGAGGUCAACAAGCGCUUCGCCUGAGCUUGUGAUUAUGCUAGAGUUUCAUCAUGAUGUUCGUGGAGGGUUCUAGAAGAAGAAUCGACCCCCCCCCCCCCCNAUUCCAAUGUGCAGAUCUUUCAGAGAAACAAACAAUGUUCUUUUGGCCUUUACAUUAAAAUAAAGGUCUACUGCCCUUUUUCUCCUAAGUUUUUUUUUACCAUCAUCAUUUCUCUAUACUCUAUAGGUUGUUUUCUUGCAGCUUGUAAACUGGGCUUAGCUCAUUAUCAUUCUUGAUAUGAACUUACUUGAGUUCUCCAUUAAUUCAUUUGUGUGUUUGGUAUGAUAUAUAUACUCCUUCUGUCCAUAAUUAAAACUUUACCCUUGGUAAAAGAUAUUGAUACAAAUGUAAGAAAAAAAGAAUAUACUCAUUCCUUUUUAAUGUAAGCAUACAUUUCUGUAUUCAUUUCGUACAUUGUCCAAGUUGGAUACUCUUGAAUUUGUAGUUUAAAAGUUGAAUAAAAAAAUUCAUGUUUG